GCUGAGUACCCGCCAACGCUCGAGUGGGAGAGUGGUAUGUAAAUUGGAAAUAUGUUGUAUUUGGCUGGCUUGCUGGCUUGGUGGGAUUGGAUUGGAUUGGAUUGGAUUGGUACAUAUUAUUCGCUUCUCUGCAGUAGGGUGGGGUGUGGUGUGGGGGUGUGGGGUGUGCUUUUCGGUGGAUGGCUGGGUUAUGGAACUGGAACUGGAACUGGAAGUGUAAAAUAGAAGUUGACGGUGUCGGUGUUGGGGAGUUUUGAAUGUGCAUGUUGUACUUUACAUCAUGAUAUGUAACAUACCUAGUGUAGUGUACUAUAGACUGGCUACUGGCGGUGGUAGGAUUCACA